AUGCACCUGCCACCUACCAAUUACGCAGGACAACAGCCAAGCUACCACAACGGAAUGACUUCUAUAUACUCGACCAGAUCACAUAGCAUGCCCUCGCCAAACGACCUCAGGCCAAUCCAAACUAUGCAUACUAGCAAUACCCCCAUGAUAACUGCUCUACAACAGCCACAGCACUUAAACCAGUCUCAUCCAUCGCAAUCUCAAAGUAACUUUAUCCUGCCUCCCAUCCCAAACACUAUGCCCCCAUGGCAGCCAAACGGUACUAGGUAUUUCGGUAGUGCUCAACCACGACAAGAGUCCAAUAGUACUACUACGCCACCAAAGAAUCACGAGGGUGGUAAUACUCAUGAUUCCGCACCACCGUCUCCUCCUACUCUGCAUGAACGUAGAAAUUAUCCAUCGUCAAAACAUGGAGCGACAAAGCCAAUGUCUUCUCAGCAGGUUCUGGAUCAGUUGACUAGUAUAAACACGCCGGAUUUCGUGCGGAAACUCUUUAGGAUGCUGGAAGAACCAGGAGACUCGAAUACAGUAGCGUGGGCUUCAGCAGGCGAUGCAUUCGUAGUAAAAAACCCUACAGAAUUCGCUCGUAUAGUACUACCACGGCAUUUCAAACACAACAACUUUGCCAGUUUCGUACGCCAGCUCAACAAGUAUGGUUUCCAUAAAGUCAAACUGUCGGAAGAGAGCAAAGCAUUCGGUGAACAGGCUUGGGAGUUCCAGCACCCUGCCUUCCAUCGUGAACAUUUAGAGUUGCUCGAAGGUAUCAAGAGAAAGACAAGUGCUCCUCGUACUGUUAAAGCUGGAAACAUGUCCGAUGAUAUGACGAUGGACAGAAAUAGCAGUAGGCAGGACGACGGUGGUGCUACAGGUAGCGGCAGCAUACAGAACGAUAGUCCUCGACCUGGUACUCCUUUAUCUGGCAAACAACCCAGUUCUAUGCAGGCAUCGACACCACCGCCCGCACCACCACAACAACAGUAUAGCAUACCACCGCCCAAAGAUAGUCGUAGUGGGCCACUGCAACCACCAGUGUAUAUGCAUUCACAUAUGAUGAGACCUCAUCUGCCACAGCCAAUACCAACCAGUAGUACUAGUAAUAAUAGUAGUGUUACAUCACAGCCUCUUCCACCACCAUUAUAUACACCAGUUGGAUUACAGCUUCAGCAACCUACCGGUCCGUCUCCAUCACCAGUCUUACAACAGCAACUGCCGAUACUAGCACAUAAUGGAUACCAUAGCUAUUAUAUUCAACAGCCACUACCACAGAUGCAGCCUGUAGCGCCACCGAUACUGCAAUCGCAUGUGCAGCAGUCAUCUCAACAGCUCUCACCACCAAAUUCUCAUGACGGUGAUGUCAAGAAUCCAUCACCACAAAUGCAGCAGCAGCCAGUAAUGCUUCCACGUCCAUCCCAAGAAGCCGUAAUAUCAGACCUGAAAAUACAGCUGGAUCGUGUUACGCGGCUACAAUCUGAUAUGGCUACAUAUCUAAACCAAAUGGGACGCAACUGUGCUUCUAUAUCAGACGAGGUCGUAAGGCUGCGACAAACUGUCGCGUCUCAGGAUGCCACCAUACAGGAACUGCUCAAACACAAUGGUGGCAUUGGUGGUGGUGGUAGUAGUUCAUCGCCACAUAUGUCAUCACCACAUAUGGGGACUCAGGACGUAGGCAAUUGGAGAGCUGCGACUAGUAGUAGUGCUGGUGGUAGCGGCCACCGUGGUAACCAGGUCAAUGGCAACGCUGUAGGACCAAGUGCGCCAGGAACACCAGUCUUAUCACCUAAAUCAACCGGCCAGACGGUCCCUACUCCUGUCGCUGGCUCCACUAACGGCAAUCCCAUGGCUACCUCAUCUCAACAACCAUACAACCAACCCCAAAUGUACCAGGAACCAUACACAGCAACACCAUACUGGAAUGCUAAAUCCACCUCUGUGUCCGUAUCACCCAACGUGAAAACAGCUCAGCAGGCCACACCCAGUUUACUUCAACAACCACAACCACAGCCAGGCGCAUACCCGAGCUUUAUCCCACCAGACAUGCAGGAAGAUAACGAGGAUAUGGCUCCGACUUCCUCGUCGUCUAAUCAUGCCAUAGCGCUACGGCCCCGCUCGCCGAGCCCAAGUGUGUCGGAGAUUAUGAGAGAGUUUAUACUCAGUCCUGCUCAUAAGGCAGAUGAGGAUAGUGAUGAUGAGGAUGGUGAUGGGACGUUGGUGGUUAGUAAGGAGAGUUUGAGGCAGCAGCAGCGCAAGAAUGAAUGGAAGAAAAUGCUCUCAGUCCUCCUCGUCGAAGACGACAAAAUCAUGCGCGAACUCUACGCAAAACAACUCUCCAUGGCUGGAUACACAUUCGACGUUGCUGUCGACGGCCUCAACGCUGUCGAAAUCAUGACUUCAAACACAUCAAGGGGACUGAAAAAGAAGAAAUACGAUAUCGUGCUUAUGGAUAUCAUUAUGCCGCGUCUUGACGGUGUGGGAGCGACUACCCAGAUCCGACAGUUUGAUCCAUGGACGCCCAUUAUAUCCAUGACGAGCAGCACGACGGAUAAUGAUGUGAUUCGGUACUUUUCGCAUGGCAUGAAUGAUGUGCUGCCAAAGCCCUUUACGAGGGAUAUGCUGAGUCAGAUGAUUGAUAAAUGGGCAUCAUCCAACAUUGGCUCCACAAUCCUGAUGCAGCCCUCCUCAGCCGGCAAUCUCGGCACGCGGAUUGAAGAACUAGACGAAACCGACGAACUCGAUAAUCCGUCACCAUCAUCACAACAAUCAAAGACCGAGAAAUCCGUCGUAGCGUCAUCAUCACCAUCGAACAAACGAACCAUCAUCCUGCCCGAUCUAAUGAUGAACUACCUCCCAACCAGCACCAGUAGCUCAUCCGUACUCCCACGCCACCUACAAGCAACCCCCGACACAACACCCACAUUUGGCUCGUCGUUGCCGGGCGAUAUACUGGAUCGGGAUGUAGAUGGGUGGAAUAGUUUCCAGCCGGUUGUUACGAGUGUAGUGGCUGAGAAGGGGAAGGGCGGGUAUGGUGGUCUGCCGAGUCCUGAGACGUUUAUGAGCGAUGAGGGGGAUAGUGAUGAUGGUGUCGAGGGGAAGAGGAAGAGGAGGGAGGAUGUGGCGGUUGUAGAGAAGGAGGAGCGAGGUGGUGGGGUGAGGAGGGGGAAGAGGCUGAGAGCUGGGUAG